GGAUAGUCCAUCUGACAGAAGCAGAGCCCAACUUUAUUGCAAGUGGACACUCAAAGCCGAGACUUCUCAGAGUGACGAUAAACCAGUAGAAAGGUUAAAAAAACUUAAGAAAGAACAUCAAUUUCAAAUGGAUUCAGCAGACAGGUGGGAAGAAGAAAUGCAGAAAGUUUCUACAAACACCACAAGCCCCAAAGAGGAAAUCUCUCCUCCAUCCAAACCGCGGAGACUACAAGAGAUGAUCCUGGAAAAUAAACGGCUGAAAUUUGAGAUUAGUGGGUUGAGACAAGAAAACUGUCUUUUGAAAGAAGAAGUGCAGAACCUUCAUAAGGAGGCGGCCCAGGAGGAACUUCUGGAAAUCAAUGACAGAAUGGCCUCUGAGCUGCAGACUUUACAGCAGCAAACUGCAGCUCUCAAAAGGGAUUUUAAGGAACUGAAAACGGCGCCUCAGAAAUUGGAUGAAAUGAGACAAAAUUAUCCCUUAAUGUUGGAAGAAAUCUAUCGUUUAGAAGACCUCAAACGUGAAUUGCAAAAGGAGAUUUCAAUCCUGCAAAACCAAUCAGGAAACGUUAGAAGCGUGACGCCUCUGUACGAAGACCAAACGUGCCGGCUGAAUUUACUGAGAAAGGAAGCAGAGAGCCUUCAACAAACUAAGAAAGCUUUAACCGAUUCACUUCAACAUCUCAAAGAUCUGGAUUCUGAAUGUGACCUGAUCCAAGCAGAAACACAGCAAAUUGAGGAAAGAAAUGCAGAACUCUCCCUGGAAGUUAAACAUCUGCAGGAGGAAAUCCAAGGCUUUGGUGACCUCCAGGACCUCCAGGAGAAACUCUGUGCUGUGAAGGAGGCAUACCGAAAUACAAAGAAAAACAGCUUCUUCUUUAAAGACAAAAAGAAAGAACUCAGGUCUGAGCUCCACCAUUUACAGCAGCAAAAUACAGUUAUUGAGCAGCAGAUUGAAAAACUGGACAAAAACAUGGAAAAAAAUGAGAAAAUCAAGAAAAAUUACGGCAAACUGUUAAAAAAGAAGCUCCUCUAUAAGGAGCAAAAAGAAAGUCUUGAAGGUCAGAUCUCAGAUUUGAGAGUUCAGGAAGAUGAUGCGAAACAGCUUCUCAGUCUGUAUGACCAAGAGACGGCAAAGGCAGAUUUACUGCAAGAGGAAAUGAGGAGACUCCAAGAAAAAAAGGCAGAUUUGAUUUACUCUCUUCAAAGUCUAAGAAAUCUGGAAUGUGACUUCAACAACAUCAAAGCAGAAAAUGAGAGAUCAAAGAAAACCAAUGCAGAUCUCUUCUUGGAAGUUACACAACUGCAGGAGGAAAUUCAAGACUUUGACAACGUGCAGGAGGAACCUUCUACUCCAAAGAACGGACCAAUCAUUCUGCCUUCAGUGUCCAUAAACAAUUCAGAUGAUGAAAUAGUGUCUGAACCCACAGAAAAAACAGUCCCCCCCGAAGAUCUCAGAUCUUGUGCAAAAUCCUCUCAUUCUUCCUUUAUAGUGGAUCAUGAGAACGAUAGCCUUGAUGGAUACAUGGGCACUUCAGACCAAGAAGAAGACUGGAAUCCCAAUGACAGAACUGAAAAUCCCAGAUCUUCUGUAAACUCCCCCCAUUCUUCCUUUAUAGUGGAUCAUGAGAGCAAUAGCCUUGAUGGAUACAUGGGCACUUCAGACCAAGAAGAAGACUGGAAUCCCAAUGACGGAACUGAAGAUCCCAGAUCUUCUGUAAACUCCCCCCAUUCUUCCUUUAUAGUGGACCAUGAGAGCAAUAGCCUUGAUGGAUACAUGGGCACUUCAGACCAAGAAGAAGACUGGAAUCCCAAUGAUGAAACUGAAGGUCCCAGAUCUUCUGGAAACUCCCCCCAUUCUUCCUUUAUAGUGGAUCAUGAGAGCAAUAGCCUUGAUGGAUACAUGGGCACUUCAGACCAAGAAGAAGACUGGAAUCCCAAUGAUGAAACUGAAGAUCCCAGAUCUGUAAACUCCCCCCAUUCCACCUUUCAAGAGGAUCAUGAGAACAAUGGCCUUGAUGAAUACAUGGGCACUUCAGCCCAAGACGAACAUUGGGAACCCAAUGGAAGAAGACUGUCCAAAGAACAGAUUGAGGCUUUUGAAAAUCCAGCUUGUUCUUCCUUUGAGAAGAUAGAUGAGAACGUAGGUUGCUGCGACUUUCAAGAGGCCGUAGACAAUAAAGAGGAGACCGAACCGAGGAAAGAAACAGCAUCCAUGGAAGUUAAGCACGAGGUUCUCGGUUUAAAAGAAGACUUUAAGGUCACUUCAGAUGAUGAAGAUGAGACCAAAGCUGAAAAGGAAGAGGUAGCCAUCAAAGAUACCAACAUUUUUACAUUCCAGGGCCUUUGGGCUCCAAAGAGAGGAUCUUCCCUUCUUGCUCCAAUAUCCAACACGGCCACCAAAAAAACCAAACGAAAGAAGGAAAAAGUAUCCAAGAAAAAGAACAAGACUUCUUAG